AAGAAUGAAAACUUGGCUGAUGUUUCUCUUUGCGGGCUGGAUCCCAGUCGAUAUCAGGUUUUUGCUGCUGCUUAUGGGGAGGGUGAUGAAUCCCAUCAAACCAGGUGAUGCUCUACUAAAGAGUACUAUACCGUAACAGGGUCUACAAGACACGCAAAGAGAGAAACAAAAAAAAUGUCUCGAGAAAAUAUAGAGGAUAUACUUUUCAACAUUCCUACAACCAAGAGAACUGUUCUUUCAAACUAUUUGCAAUACAUAACUUAUACCCUCUUACAUCUAAACAGAAUACUAGUAUUUAACAACUUCUCAACUGCUGAAAGUCGCUUUCACCUAUAUCAGGGAAUUCAAAAGGCCGGACAAGAAAUGGCCAAUGUCCUCAUUAAUGGUGGAAAAGAAAUACAAUAAGGCCAGAAGAAAGAACACAAAGAAGAAGAGGAAGAAGAGGAAGAAAAGAAAG